UAUAUUUUAUUUUUUUAUAGUAAUUUUUCUCUCUAUCAUUUAAGAGUUUCGGGGGACAUGAGUGUGAUUUUUUUUUCCUCUCCUUGUAUUAAAACAAUUGUGCUUAACUUUUGGGGGUCAAUAAGAUUUAUAAAAUGUAAGAAAUUUUGUGGAAACCAUGAUUUAAAAAAAAAAAAAAAUGAUUCUUUGAUGUAUAGAUACUUCAAAAGAACAGUUGUUUGUGUGUGUCUGUGUGUGUUUGUGUGUGACAACAAUCUUUACUGUCACUUUUGAUCAACUUAAUUCAUGCUUAAUUAAUAAAGGAGUUAAUUUGCUUUAAAGAAAAUACUGCCCCAAAAUUGAAUGGUAAUGGUUUUAUAUAUGUUCAGUUUGCUUGUAUAUUAUAUGAAACAUAUAAUUUAAGAGUGACAUAUAUUUUAUUUACAUUAAUUGUGCAUAUAAAAUUAGAAUUUAUAAUUAUUUUUGUUAUUUAUUUAUUUAUUUGGGAAAGUGGCUUACAAAUCCGAGAGGGGCACAUGCCCAAUUUGAAUUAAUAUGACUGUUCUGUCUCCAUAAGGAGAUUAAGCACCGUUAAAUGCUGUUUAUUGCUUUAUGUUGCUCUUUUCAGGACUACUGAACUUCCUGUCUCAUUCUCAGCGGUUCACCGGAGCUGUUGUUCAGGCCUCAGAAGCCUUACGUAUGAAACAUGGCUGCCAAGACACCCGUCGUCUGUCGAAGCGAGACUUGCAGUGUUACAGACUGAGGCUUGUUAUUGAUCACUGAUCAGAUUUCUUUGCUUGUCUGCACUGGAUGAGCUACUGGCUGACCAAGGAUGAGCGAGCUGCUGGCCAGCAUCUCCCUCUCUUUCUCUUUCUCUCUCUGUCCUCUUUCCUCACCCUCCCAUCAUCUGUCUCUCUUUUACUCUCAAGAGAGGGGUAACCCAGAUUUCAAAAAUGAAUUGCUGCCUUUUUCUCUUCAUACUUCCCCCCUCCCCCUCUCUGUCUGUCUCACUUCACUUCAUCCCCUCUUUCUGUUGGUAAAAACAGAAUCAAUCUUGGAAAGUGAAAUUUGCCUCUUUUCCUCACCCCCUCUAUACUCUCUAUUGGAUAAAGGAAUAUACGGCCGUGCACUCCUCCUUCUUCUCUCUUUCCUGGAAAGCUGCUGUAUCAUCCUUCCCUUCAUUCUUAAUUUCCUUUUUGGGCUUUGAUUCUUUUUUCAGAAUAACAAGAGUCUUGAGAAGAAGUGAGAGGAAGAGAGAGGGAAGGAAGAGGAGAAACCAUACUGCCAUAUUUACAGACAUUUUUCUUCUUGUUUAUUCUCCCCCUUUUAUAAAUCCUCUUGUUUUGUCUUUAACCCCUCGCUUGCAUAAACUGUGCAUCCUUCUCCCAGUGUUCUUCUCUGUGUCUUGCUCUGUCCAACUCAACUGGUAGCAUGUCUACCCCAGUCUCUCCAUCUCCAUCUCUGUCUCCCCUGGCCCUGUCCUCCCCAUCUCCCUCCUCCUCCCCGCUCCCCUCUCCUCUUUCUCCUCCCCCCAGGCUGCCAGUCUUCCAGAGGAAGGGAGCUCUCAAGCACAAGAGGGUCAUUGAAGUGAAGGACCACCAGUUCACAGCCCGAUUCUUCAAGCAGCCUACUUUCUGCAGCCACUGCACUGACUUCAUCUGGGGAAUUGGAAAGCAAGGAUUUCAGUGUCAAGUGUGCAGUUUUGUGGUGCACAAACGCUGCCAUGAGUUUGUCACUUUUACUUGUCCCGGAGCCAUCACUGCUCCCAAAGCAGAGGAUCUCAAGAGUAAACACAAGUUUAAAGUACAUACAUACUCCAGUCCCACCUUCUGCGAUCACUGUGGGUCUCUGCUCUACGGCCUCAUACAUCAGGGCAUGAAAUGUGCCAGUUGUGACAUGAAUGUACACAAGCGCUGUGAGAGCAGUGUCCCCAGCCUGUGCGGACACGACCACACUGAGAAAAGAGGACGGAUUCGCCUGACCGUGCGUGGAGAGAAAGAAGACAUAUAUGUUACAGUGCACGAAGCACGUAACCUGAUACCCAUGGACCCUAACGGCCUGUCGGACCCUUAUGUGAAGCUCAAACUCAUCCCUGAUCCAAAGAGCCAGAGCAAACAGAAAACCAAAACCAUCCGUUCUACACUCAACCCUAUCUGGAACGAGAGCUUCACCUUUUCAGUGCGUGGGAGGCAGUGGGACAGGCGUUUGUCUGUAGAGGUCUGGGACUGGGAUCGGACCUCACGGAAUGACUUCAUGGGUGCUCUGUCGUUCGGCGUUAGUGAGAUAUUCAGACGAUCAGUCAGCGGCUGGUUCAAACUUCUCAACCAGGAUGAGGGAGAGUAUUAUAACAUCCCUGUACCUGACCCAGACCUGCAGGUACCAGAUGCUGCUCUCAUGCCCUCUGCUCCUCCUGAUCCUGUUACUGUGAUGAUGCCUGUUCCUGCUGUGACCCCGCCUGCUCUGAGUCCAACUCCCACUGCACUGCACAUGAGCAAAGGCCGAGUCAGGCUGCAUGAUUUCAACUUCCUCAUGGUUUUGGGCAAAGGGAGUUUUGGCAAGGUCCUGUUGGCGGAAGAGAGGGGCAGCGAGCGCUUGUUUGCGGUGAAGGUGUUGAAGAAGGAUGUGCUGUUUCAGGAUGAGGACACAGAGAGCGCUAUGGUGGAGAGAAGAGUGCUGGGCCUCGUAGGGCGACCUCACUUCCUGACCUCCCUCUACUGUGCCUUUCAAACCGAGGAUCGUCUGUAUUACGUCAUGGAGUACGUGAAUGGUGGUGACCUUAUGUUUCACAUCCAAAUCGUUGGCAAGUUUAAAGAACCGCAUGCAGCGUUCUAUGCUGCUGAGAUAGCAGUGGGUCUGUUCUUCCUGCACAACAAAGGCAUCAUAUACAGAGAUCUAAAGCUGGACAAUGUCCUGCUGGACAGUGAAGGACACAUAAAGAUAGCAGACUUUGGGAUGUGUAGAGAAGCCAUGAUGGAAGGGGAUACCACUCGGACUUUCUGUGGCACACCUGAUUAUAUCGCACCUGAGAUUGUGGCGUAUCAGCCGUAUGGUAAAGCAGUGGACUGGUGGUCAUAUGGAGUCCUCCUCUAUGAGAUGCUGGCUGGGCAGCCUCCUUUUGAUGGCAUAGAUGAGGAGGAGCUGUUUCAGUCCAUCAUGGAACAGAGCGUUUCAUAUCCUAAGAGUCUCUCUCGGGAGGCUGUGGCCAUCUGCAAAGGGCUCCUCACCAAGAACCCUGCUAAGCGUUUGGGUGGAGGAGAGGAUGCAGAGAGAGAGCUGCGGGAGCAUCCUUUUUUCCGCUGGAUAGACUGGGACCGGCUGGAGAGACUGGAGAUACAGCCUCCCUUCAAACCCAGAAGUGGAGGCAGAAAAGGAGAGAACUUUGAUAAUUUUUUCACAUCGGCCCCCUCUGUCCUCACGCCUUCUGACCCGGAUGUUCUAGCCGCCAUAAGUCAAGAGGAAUUCCAAGGCUUCACCUACAUUAACCCCGAAUUUCCCCCCUCACCCCUCACAGCUGUCUGAGAAAACCUUGUUCAAUCCACACCAACCAUCUUUUGACUUUGUCUGCUCCUGUUCAUGAUUUAAACUACAGUGACAAAAAAAGAAAAGAAAAAAAAAAGAAUGUGUAUUUUGGCUUCAGCUUGCUUGCAGUAGGAGUUUGUCUUAAUUAAACCAGCCAUCACAUUCUAAACAUAUGACAUCACAUUGAUUUUAAUCAUCUUAAUGGUAAAACAAACUAAGCAUUAAUAAUAUUUAACCAGUCCACUUUGAGAGUAUCAGCCUGAAUUAUUUAGGGGUCAUGCAUUCAUGACAUUAUCUCAUUGGACAAUAGGAUCUUAUUGGAUAUCCCUUUGGAUGCUAGUAGUUGCCAUGACCUAAUUAUAACUGAGUGCACCAUUGAAACCUGCAUGAACAUGAUUUCCCCCAUGUUUUAAAGUUCACUUCAAGUUGAUUAUUUAAUCUCAGAUCAAGCUAAUGCAGUUCUGCAUGUCUUUGUGUAAGAUCCUGUAUGCUCUGGUUUGGUUUAGGUAACUAAAUAAGUGCAGAGAGGUGAGCAAACACUGGUAAUCCUUUCAUUUAACAACUGGUAUAGAAAAUCGGUAUUAUAAUUAAUAUAGAGUCACACACAUGAUGGCUAGAUGCAAAAAAAAAAAAAAAAGAUUAAUGCUUUAGCAUAUAAACUAUUUGUUUGUGACAUGAAUGUUAGUGCAUACUGUAUAUCUGUGUAGAUGCGUCAGAAUUUAAUCCAAAUAUGAUUCUAUACAAAUUAUACAUGUUUGUGUCAUCUUAAUAUUUUACAAAAAUAAGUUUUUGGGAUCCAUGUUAUUAAUACAAAUGACUUUAUGAAAAACACAAAUUUAGAUAGUUAUGAUUUAUCCCAUAUAUGUAUAUGCAUAUCUAUAUAAAGUAUGUGCAGUGUAUUAUAAAGUAUAUAUAUUAAUGUUUAUUCAGAAUUCAUAAUAUAAAUUUUCUAUGAACAUUUUAAACUACAUCAUCAGCAUUUUACAUCAGCAUAAAAUAAAAAUGUGCAUGUCAUCAUGUUUUGCAACCUCUAGUUUGAAGAAAAAGCAGUCCCAAAUGUUAUCAACCAAAUAUUUUGUUUGUAGUGCAUAGGAUUGAUUAAAUUAAAGUAUUUGUUAUUAUAUUACUAAUUUGGUCUCAAAACAAUGCCAUUUUGGUCUCAAAAUCUCACAUUUUAGGGGUGAAUUCAUUGAGUGUUAUUUCUAGUAUGAAUAUGGUUAGGUCUCAGAGAUCAGCAUGCUCUUUCCUUGAAGAUUGAAAAUCAUGAUGCCUGACCUGGAAUGACCUGAGUCUGCACACUAUGCCCAAAUUGUCCAUCUAUAACUUGAAAGUUGCACUGACGACAAAAUACUGCCAACAGAAAAGUGGGAACAUUUCACGCUUUACAUGGGAAAGACAAUUUAGAAGUAGAAGGUUAAGUAAAAAGAAAUGUGUGAAUUUGGAAUGGAAAUAAUUGAAACAUACUUAAUUAAUUAAUAAAAAAAAAAAAAACUGAUUAAUGCCUGAUCAUGGUCGACAUUUCCCAGCCUUUAAUUUCAUCGCCAUGUUGCUGUUCUUGUGGUUAUGUAAAUUGUAUACUUUGUAAAUCAGGGUUUUUUCAGUUCUGCUCCUGGAGGUCCACUGUACGUUUCUGCAGAUUGGUUCCAGCUAUACAGCACACCUGCCAAACUUUCAGAUGAACUCAACAGAUUAGCAGCGGUGCUUGUUUUGAGGUUGGAACUAAGCUCUGUAGUUAGAUUUACAAAAACAACUGUAACGAAUGUACUUUUUAGUGAAAAAUCCAUGUACUGAUGGAAUUAUGGUAUAUACUACGUCCCUAUGUGUUUCCAAUCACAAUAUACCAUUCAACCUCA